AUGUUUGAUGAGAUCCUUGGAUGUGUCAGAGGCAGAUUGACGAGGCAGCACACCUUUUACCGAGAGCCCCUCGAACCUGGCCUGAAACUGGCGGUGACACUGCGACAUUUGGUCUCUGGAUCUAAGUAUGCUGACAUGAAGUUUGGGUGGCGCGUUCCAUCCAACACAAUCUCCGUCCUUGUCCGUGAAGUGUGCCGGGCGAUCGUUGACGAGUAUCUACAUGAUGUGAUGACCCCUCCAAGCACUCCUGAAGCCUGGCGUGAGAUUGCCAACCAGUUCAUGAUAAGGUGGAACUUCCCUCAUUGUUGUGGUGCCCUUGACGGCAAACAUGUUGCCUGCAGAUGCCCUAACUCUUCCGGAUCAACCUACUACAACUACAAGAGAUUCUAUUCUGUGGUGAUUAUGGCCCUAGUGGACGCAGAUUACAAGUUCAUCUGGGCAGAUGUUGGUGGGAAAGGAGCAGCAUCCGACGCACAAAUCUAUAACGGGUCUGAGCUGAAUGCAUCGAUGAUGGCUCCAUUGGCUUCCCACCAGCUGAACCCCUGCCCAACGACAACGAGGAUGUGCCGUACUACCUAA